AUGGGUAAGGAAACUGUUAUUGCGCUCGUGGGGAAACCUUCGUCCGGGAAGUCCACCACCUUGAACUCGCUCACCGAUGCAAACGCCAAGGUGGGUGCAUUCCCGUUCACAACAAUCGAUCCAAACAAGGCCACAGGGUAUUUGGAGGUGGAUUGUGCUUGUGCCAGGUUCGGCAAACAGGACUUGUGUAAGCCAAACUACGGCUACUGUAGAGACGGGAAACGUGGGGUGCCCAUCAUGUUGUUGGACGUUGCUGGAUUGGUCCCCAAUGCUCAUUUGGGCCGUGGGUUGGGGAACAAAUUCUUGGGAGACUUGACCGAAGCUGACUGUUUGAUCCAUAUUGUCGAUGCCAGUGGGACCACCAACGCCGAGGGUAAGGCCACUAGAGGGUAUGAUCCCUUGGCCGAUAUUGAGUGGCUUCAAGAUGAACUCUUCCAAUGGAUUUUGGGGAACUUGAUGGAAAGAUGGGGGUCUGUCGUUCGUAGACACACUGCCACCAAAAGCACCAACUUGGAAACCUUGAGACAACAAUUGGGUGGGUAUUCCGCCACCAAGCAUCUCAUUGGGUUGGCCCUCGACAAGGUGCCAGACGUGGGGCCACUUCAAGAAUGGGACACUGCCACCAUUGAAAGAGUUGUGCGUGCCUUCAUGCUGGUGAAGUUCCCCACUGUUCUUUCAUUAAACAAGAUGGAUCAUCCAGAUUCUGAUAAGAAUGUUUCCAAGAUCAUUUUACAACAUCCAGAGCUGAAGUGUGUGCUCACGUCGCUGAUCACCGAGGUGUUUUUAAGGAAAUUGGCCCUGCAAAACUACAUCAAAUACGAUGCAGGGACGGAAUUUGUUGAUACUACUGACGAUUUGACUCCUGAAGAGAUUGCCAAAUACGGCUUGAAGCCCUUAGACGAGAAGUUACGUCGUAGAAUUGAAAACAUUAGAGACUUGGUCUUGUACAGAUUUGGUCUGACUGGAGUUGUUCAGCUCUUGCAGGCUGCUGCAGACACGUUGGAGCUUGUCCCUGUGUACCCGGUACGUAACGUGAACAACUUCACGGGUGGAUCCGGAAACCAAGUGUUCAGAGACUGUGUGUUGGUGAAGAGAGGCACCCCGGUGCUCUCGGUGGCACGUAAGAUCAUGGGGGAUGUGACGAUUGCCGCCAUUGAAGGCGUGGGCGGGUCCAGAGUCGGUGAAGAAGAUACUGUCGAUCGCGGGAAGAACGACAUUCUUUCGUUCAAGAUUGUUCCAGGGGGAGGAAAUUAG